CGCCCGCUCCUCCGCGGCUCGGUUUGUUUUCCGGGUGAUGCUGCUCUUCUCUUCAAAGCAGAGGAAAGUCAGGGGCUCAUGUGUCAACAUCCAGGGCUUCCCCGGGGAGGUGUAUCGUUAACGUUAUUCCAAAAAAAAAAAAAAAAAAAAUACCCUGAUGUUCCUUUGAGGAGCGUUUUUAUUUUUUGACCGCCGGUCCAUCCUCGGAAGCAGCGGGUUUUUUUGUGACUGCGGAGACCAGAGGACGAUCUUCAGCUCCGGCUGCUUUGACGCUAGCUAACGUUAUUAUAAACGAUGACAGAGUACAAAGUGCGAAUAGCGUCUCCAAUCAUUUGAUAAUAUCUGGGGACCUGUUAGCUUAGCCAGCUAGCCUGGUUAUUCGAUUAGAACAAGGAAACACGGCGAGACACACUGCUGACAUGAUGUUUCCUCAAUCAAGGCACUCGGCAUCCUCUCAGUCCGGUCAAGCUCUCAAGUUCACCACCUCUGACUCCUGUGACCGCAUCAAGGAUGAGUUCCAGUUCCUCCAAGCACAGUACCACAGUUUGAAGUUGGAGUGUGAUAAACUGGCAUCGGAAAAGUCGGAGAUGCAGCGUCACUAUAUCAUGUACUAUGAAAUGUCCUACGGGCUGAACAUUGAAAUGCACAAACAGGCUGAAAUAGUGAAGAGACUGAAUGGCAUCUGUGCUCAGGUGCUGCCUUACCUGUCACAAGAGCAUCAGCAGCAAGUCAUGGGCGCCAUAGAGAGAGCCAAGCAAGUCACGCCCCCCGAGAUGAACUCCAUCAUACGGCAACAGCUCCAGGUGCAACACCUGUCCCAGCUCCAGGGUCUGGCCCUGCCCGUGACCCCGCUGCCCUUGGGCCUCACCCCUCCCUCCCUGCCCGCCGUCUCCUCCAGCUCCGGCCUGCUCUCUCUCUCCUCCAUCCUGGCCAACUACUCCCACGGUCAGGCCCAGGCGGUGAAGGAGGACAAGGCCCGGGAGGCUGCAGAGAGAGCGCCCCGAGGAGAGGACGGGGACAAGUCAGACUAGUGCAGACACAACGAGAAGGUUUGGAAGGGGGUGGGGGGAAAAAAAAGAAAGGUAAAACUGUAACUGUAAAUGAGAUUGAUGUAAGUCUGGCUGCCUGUCUGCUGAGUGUUGAUGUAGAGGAGUAACUGCAGGGAUGAAGACGAGCAGAGAGGGCAGAGGUGAAACUUGUGGACGUGCAGAGAAGGAAACUGCUGAAUGGCUGAGAGUUAAAUGUUCUUAUUAUUUAGUGGUAAUAGACUCAGUUCAGGCUUCUAGACUUUAAAAUAGAUGCUUUUUUAGUGUAAGCCACUGUUGUAAGGCUUAACCAAGAUAAAUGUUUUCCCAUUUGGAGUGAGAGCUGAGGAUGAAGGCUAACAGCAGUGUCCCUUACAUGGCUCUGAAUCUCACAGGUUUAUAUUUCUUAUGUUUGUUUGGUUUUUUUUUUUUCUUUUUUUGUUAUCAGAUCUGUUUUCAGUGGGUUUUUUUGUUCAUGUCCUCUGAAAUGCCUCUGUCUGAUUGUUUCUUGUUGGCUCCUGUCUGCCAGUUACAGUCAGCAGUUUUAACAAGUUCCCUCAGCUUAUAACUCACAGUAGCUCCGUCAACACCUUUUUUUUUUUUUUUCCCCAAAAUGAUAAACGUUGCCUGGAGCUGUUUGGACAGUGACAUCAUUCAAAUAUGUACUUUGGAGCCAAUUAGAUAUUAGUCCGAUGUUAAACGGGAUAUUUUUAAAGGGACAUUUCACUUUUCAAACCCCUCGAACAUAAAACAACGUGACUUGUCAACAUUUUCCUUCAUGCGACCAACCACUGGAUGCGUUACCUUCGUGUACCUCAAUCCCAAAUAAACGGGAUUAUAUCGCGUUUAAAAACCUAUAGUUUGUACAAAUAGUAGUAUACCCAUCUUUGAGGGUUAAUUUGUGUUUCAUAGGCCUAGCUGCUGCUGCUGCUGCUGCUGCUGCUGCUGCUGCCGCUGCUGCGCACGCUACAUGGCAUGGACCAUGACUUGUCUUUAAAGGUACAGUGUGUAAUAUAUUGAGUUUUUUGCAGCAUAGCGAUGAGGCUCCAGAUCACAACACUCUCUCAUUCACCCUUCCGUUUCUGAAGAUGCUGGAGAAGCUACAGAGGCUACGGUGGCCCUCACGGACAAAAAAUUACUGUCAGAAUUGGAUCCAUUCGGUCCAGUAAAAUUUGGAAAGUUUCGAGGAACCACAUGAUUAAAUUAUUUUAUUCCCAUUCAAGUUAUCCAGGCACUAAACCGGAGCUUAGCCGGCUUAAUUGGCGGAAGUCUCCAGUGCACACGCUCUGUUGGCCCCACAACACACAAGAUCCGGGUCAUUUUAAUCCCAUUAGUCGAGAAGCAUCUAUAGGAAUUAACCAGGUUGUGUCUCCAUGGCUGCGUCCAGAUUUUAAUCUAAUGUCCUGGAGUUACAGCAAAUAUUGAAAAUAAAUAGCUGUCCUUGUGAAUGCCUCUUUGUUUAGGUUUUUAUCUGUGCAAAAUAGACCUGAUCUGUGGUUGGGCUCCUGUUUGAGGAAACACACAUAGAAUAAUUCUGGAGCCCUUUUUUAAAAUGAAAAAUUACUAAAUAACAUUACAGGAGUGGAACUCAUACUAUUGUGGAAAAAGAAGAAAAAAUAAACCUUUCCUUAAACGGGAGCCCAACCACAGAUCAUGUCUGUUUUACACAGAGAAAAAACUAAACAGGCAUUCAUAAGGACACCUACAUAUUCCUGUUUGCAUCAUCUGCUGUAGUUACGACGACCACAGACACAUUCAGCUGAAUAACAUAGUCACAAAAAGUCAACAUAAUCAUCUGUUAAUCUCAAACACGUGUAACUUCAGCAUCAGUCUGCAAACAUUUCUUUGUCAUCACAGAUCUCCAUCCUGUCCUGAUGUCAUAUACGUCAUAUAGCGUCUUGGAGUUUUCGUUCCUUCGACAACAAUUCAGGCUCCUGUGAUUUUUCUUAAACAAAAUAAGUAUGAUCCGCCAUCCUUUAUCAGAUUUAUCAUACAGAUUGUUUGUCAGGAAACCGCAGCUCUGCUUCUUCUUCGUCUUCCUACACGGUCAUUUCCGGCAGCCACCCACUGAAUUUAAAAAUGCAAAAGGCCCAAACUAGUGCCAGGUCUGACAGUUCUGGGCCACUGUAGAAACAUGGCGGGGCAACAUGGCGACCUCCAUGGAGGGAGACCUGCUCAUUCUAAGGUCAUGACACAGGUCAACAAACACAACUACUCUCAUUUCUAGGUGAUUAUACAAUGAUUAAAACUAAUAACUUAUACCGAGUGUGUUCUGCUAGAUGCCGCUAAAUAUCACACACUGUACCUUCAAACAAGAAUUUAAGCUCUGAAAAGAAUUGACUUUAUUUUGUGUUUUCGUGAAGUUAAAGACAGGCUAAUUAGACAUUCAAAAUGUGUCUGUGUGUGCUUGAGUGAAUGUGAUUGGAAAGAAGAAAACACUUGUUUAAUUUAACCUUUUUUUUUUCUUUUUUCCUCAAAGCACCUUUUUGUAUUUUCCUCGCCCUCCCAUGCUUCUGCCCCUUCCUCGUACUCGUCCACUCUUUAACUGACCAAGACAAACUUGAACAGGAUCUAAACUUCAGAACCGGACGGUUGUUAAAGAAAUACAUGUACUGUACUUCUGUAAGUUAGCACACUUCAGUUUAUACUGAGACUGUAUCAAGCACCUGUCUUAUUCUUGUUUAACUCAUGUGUGAUUGUCGGGGGGGAGAUCUUCUCCCCCUUUUUCUUUUUUAAAUUCCCAUAGUUUUAAUGAAGAAUGUGUCUGGGGUGAGUUGCUGAAGCUCUGUGAGCAACAUCGAACAAGCGUUCCCUCAGAAAACAGCAGACUUAAAGAUGAUUCUCACGGUCGAGAUUUGUGUGGGUGACCAACGUUUGGUUUCCUGUGGUGAAAAACCUCACAACCCCCCAAAAAAAGAAACAUGUAAAGUAUUGGACUCACUGAAUAAGAAGCGAUGUGUAGAGGUCCCUAAACAAGCUAGUGUGAACAAAUGACAAAUUUAAACGCAUUUCAAAAUAAAUUUUCAGACACCGUGGUCAGAGUAUCCACAUCUGCUAAUUUCUUUAACUUUCUAAAAACCUACACCCCAACAUCUGGAUUGAAUUUUAAUCAUAUUAACUGACAUCAUCUCCUGGAUAUGAUGUCAAGGCUCCGUGUCGCAUCAACUUUGUGUAGAGGAGUGUCUGUUGUUAAGCAGCUACGUUACCAAUAUAGUGUAGAGUUAAUUUGCCCACUUUCUGCGUGUGUAAACAUUUAGAUCAAGUAAAAGUUGCUUAAAUAUGAUAACCUUUUGUUGUUCCUAACCUUCUCUGUCAUCACUGAAUUUAAACAUCAGUGUAGCCGAUCUCACCACACACAAGUGACUCAUUUCUCAUCUGUUCAAUGUUCUUACUGUUGGCCGUCAGUGGGUCACAGCUGAGGUGUGUGGCUGAGAAGUAGGGAUGUUCAUAUUCGAGGCAGCAGAGGGCAGCAGUGCUCUCUCAUCGACACCGUCAGUGUCAUGAGAUCACAUUCACAAGGAGAAAAGAUUAAAAAGAGUGUUCACUGUGUCUUCACUGCUUCUCAUCUGACUGUGGGUCAACACCUGUAACCCUGUUGUUACGCGAGCGCUUUCCAGAGCUUUGACAACCCACCUUUCAACGUCUGAGCACGUCCCAGAUCCUUUUGUCCUCUGUAUCUUUUAAUUUGAAAGCACUUAAGUUGCGGCUCAGUGCUCCCUUUUUUUUGUUUUGAUUUUUCUUCUUCCUGUCUGUGCUAGUGUCGGGGAGCUGAGGAUUUUCCCUCCCUUUAGAGAUUUGACCUUAACGUACCGAGUGUGAGAAUGGAUCCGUUUCACUUGUUACGCUGACGUCGAGUCUCUGUAGAAAAAAAAAAAAAAAACCUCCUUUGGCAAAACUCAGACAUAUGAAUGGUAUGUGUGUUUGUUUUUGCUGUGAAGGGCCAAUUUGUAUACAUAUGAAUAUAUCAAUAUACAUAUUUUUUAAAGCAUUUUUGUAUGUUUCAAAGCUGCUUUUUAACGUGUGUGUAUCAUGGAAGAUUUUGGUGUUGUCCGUGUGCAUUACAAGCCUACAGUUAAAAGAGAGGCACAAUGUUGUAUACCAUAUCGUUUUUCCUGUUUUUUCUCCCAUUCUCUCAGUAGGCAGUAACACUUAACAUUGUUUUCUAGGUUUGUAAAUGUUUUAUCCUUUUUUUUUUCUUUUCUUUUUUUUUUUUGUGCAAACAAAAAAAAAAGUUCAGUGUGUUUAUGAACACAGUCUCAUUUUAAGAUACCUGGGGCAAAAAAAAACAAAACAAACAAAAGAUUUAAAAAAAAAACAAAGAUGUAAACAAGCAACUGUGUAUUCUAAUGAGAAUGAAUCAACCUUUUAGCAGUAAGGAAGCUUCUCUGGUGCCUUACAAAUAAAAGAUGUGAUUGAGAGUGCU